AUGUCUAACGCAAAUCACACUCAUACAAGAAUCGAAGAAGAACUUCAUGAGAAUGCACAUAUCGAUUAUGAUCGUGUAGCUAUUCAAUGGAACCCUUCAUGGGGACCUGUUAACACUAAAUUGCCAGAACACGUUUUCCUCAUCAAUCGAGAACGUGCGGUUGAUUACUUGAAUACUCGUUCACGUAUCUAUGUUUUUGACGGUUUUGCCGGAUGGGAUCCAAAAUAUCGUAUCAAGGUUCGUGUGGUUUCGGCUCGUGCCUACCACUCCUUGUUUAUGCGAAAUAUGUUAAUACGUCCCACCCCGGAAGAACUCGAAAAUUAUGGAACUCCCGAUUUCACUAUUUAUAACGCUGGUGCUUUCCCGGCAAAUCGUUACACAACUGGUAUGACGUCUACCACUUCAGUUGCAAUCAAUUUUCACAUGAACGAAAUGGUAAUUCUUGGAACCGAAUACGCUGGUGAAAUGAAAAAGGGAAUCUUCACCGUAAUGCAUUACUUGAUGCCUAUUAAGCACAAAGUUUUAUCAUUACAUUCAUCUGCAAAUGAAGGUCCCAAUGGGGAUGUUUCAAUUUUCUUUGGUCUUUCCGGUACCGGAAAAACUACACUUUCUGCUGAUCCAAAACGUUUCUUAAUUGGUGAUGAUGAACAUUGCUGGUCAGAUGAUGGGAUAUUUAACAUCGAAGGAGGUUGUUACGCGAAAUGUAUUAACUUAUCUGCUGAAAGAGAACCUGAAAUUUUCAAUGCCAUUCGUUUUGGUUCAGUCUUGGAAAAUGUUGUUUAUGAUCAACAUACCAGAAUUGUCAAUUAUGAUGAUUCUUCUCUUACAGAGAAUACUCGGUGUGCUUAUCCAAUUGAAUUCAUUCCAAAUGCUAAAGUACCAUGUAUUUCAUCAAGCCAUCCAAAGAAUAUUAUUUUACUGACAUGUGACGCUUAUGGAAUUCUUCCACCAGUUUCAAAACUUUCUUCGUCACAAGCUAUGUAUCAUUUUAUUUCUGGUUAUACCGCAAAAAUUGCAGGUACUGAAGAUGGAGUAACAGAACCAGAAGCUACAUUCUCUGCAUGUUUCGGACAACCCUUCCUCGUAUUACAUCCUUAUCGAUAUGCCAAAAUGUUGGCAGAUAAAAUGGAACAUCAUAAGGCUGAUGCUUGGUUAAUAAACACAGGAUGGAAUGGUGGAGCUUAUGGUGUAGGAGAACGUAUAAAGCUCAAAUAUUCUCGAGCUAUUAUUGAUGCUAUUCAUUCUGGUGAAUUGGCAAAUUCAGAAUAUGAAAAUUAUGAAGUUUUUAACCUUAACAUUCCAAAAUCUUGUACCGGAGUACCAUCAGAAAUUUUACAUCCUUCUAGAACUUGGAAGGGAACUCAAGAGGAUUAUGUUAAAACUAGAGACACAUUAGCUAAAAGUUUUAUUGAGAAUUUCAAAAUUUAUCAAGAACAAACUGCUUCAGAAGUCGUUCAUUCUGGUCCAAUUCUUUCAUAA